AUGGAUAACUUCCCCCCUCCCCCAACAGUCCUCAACGGUACAGCUUCACUUAGAGAAAAGUUCUGGAGUAUUGUGCACCCAGGGGGUGAAGAGGUCCUCAGGGAGCAAGCUGGGGGAGAUGCUACUGAGAACUUUGAAGAUGUCGGCCACUCCACAGAUGCAAGGACGCUGUCAGAGACAUUUAUUAUUGGGGAGCUUCAUCCGGAUGAUAGAGGAAAGCUUCAGAAACCAACAGAAACUCUUAUUACCACUGUGCAGUCUAGUUCCAGUUCAUGGUCCAACUGGGUGAUCCCAGCAAUAGCAGCAAUUAUUGUGGCCCUAAUGUAUCGUUCCUACAUGUCAGAGUAAGCACCUUAUGGAAAACUAAUGCAAGAAGAGACUGAUCUGAGAAAGCAUGUAAGCAAGCCUAACCCACUACGUUUCUGACAAAAGCCUGAUGUCCCAAGAAGAAUUCAACUUUUUCAGAAAACUGAACAAUUCUUUUCUGCUGUGCACUUUUCUUAAUGUUGCCUUCUUAUUUGCUGUUCUUAAGUGAUUAAAAAGGCAGCACUUGUAUAACAAUUUUAUUCUCUAAUUAAUUUUGAUAACUGAAAUUCGUUUCUGUGUGUUAGAAUACUUUGUCUGUAACACUGUGAUUCUGGUUAUUUCUAAUCUGUAAUGGGUUUGUAGGAUUUCUUUCUGUAUAUGAAUUUUACAGCUUUAAAUGACUACCAAAACUCUAUGUACAUUUGUCCAUGUACACAACUCCAUUUAACUUCAGAAUUUUUCUUCAAUGUAGUAUGUUUCAAUAAAUACUAAUUAAAAUAAGCACAAUGGAGAAAGCUGAGUGGAGUAAUAGGUAUAGGUGCCUGUAGGUAUAGGGCUGGUUAGGCCCUUAACUAAUCAGGCUAUAAUGAGCUGGUUUUCCUUCCUUUACACCUUUUCGUACAGUUGGUGUAGAUCUUUCUACUGGCAGACUGCUGCCAUUGGAAACAUUAAAAUAUUAAUAAUUGGGCCCAGUGUUUAGCCCAAUUAUGGCCUAAUGUCUAUUUUGUGAAAAGUAAUCUUUUUUGCAAAAAAAGGUAGAAAACAAGUGCUCUGAAUUCCACUACAAGUAAUGUAACUGCUACUAAAUAAUACUGUUCUUGCCAAGCACUCAGGUGACUCCAGAAUUUUUUUCUGGAACUUUUAGACUUGUAUGAGAUCUUCAGCUUUGUGAUGGUAUAUUGGAAAAACUGAUAUGAGAUCUCUUUCUGACUGUUCUGUGAUGUGCUCCUUGGUGCUUUACUAUGAUGAGAUGACUAUUUUCACUGCUAAAUACAAGGUAACUAAAAGUUUGCAUUUUGUGGUGAGCAUUUUAGUCAUGUGUAUGUGAUCAUGAAUAAAAAUUUAAUUACUUAG